UUAAACAAGGAUCCGAGGUUAAACGACGCUCCUGCAUUGGCCUUAGUAAAACGAACGAAAAAUGUGCGUAAUUAGAAAGUGCCACAGUUGUUCAGAUACGUCUCACUAAUGUAAAGGAAGGCGAUGUGACGGCUGGAUUGAAUUGGGGCCAUAAUCUCGCUCCAGCCUGUUUGGCAUUUUGAUUGAUGCUCUCGCUGUUCCAGCGGGCAGGCUCCGCGAAGUAAGGAAAAAAAGAAGGGAAGAAGGGAAAAAAAUAGACAAUCGACUUCAGUUAAGCCUUACUCACACACAUUCACUCACACCUAUUUGAGAACAACUGAUGUGAGACGACGUCUUGAAGUUCAGAGAACUCGGACUGCGAGAAGGAUCUGCGUGUUUUGCGGAGGGUCGAGGACACGAUGGAUCACAUCGGAGUUCAUCUCCACCACCCGCUGGCAGAACCCAUAAGUUUUGGGAUCGAUCAGAUUUUGAACAAUGUUGAUCAGGGGAGCUGUAUGAUUUCCAAUUCCAGGCUACAGGAUUCGGAUUAUGGUUUAGGCUGCGUUGUCAGCACUGCCUACAGCACGAUGACUGGUAACUACAACGCCAAUAAUUCAGGAGGUUACGGCGGCAGCGCCUGCAGCGUUACAUCCCUGAACGGCUCUUACAACGUGAGCACCGGCAUGAAUGUCAACGGAAAUAAUCUGGGCACUGCUGGCGUGAUUCGCGUGCCUGCCCAUCGACCGCUGAGUGGAGUUCAAUCAAUACCCACCAGCAUGAGUACAGUGCCCGGCGUGGGCAGCAUGAAUGCCAUCAACAAUCUCACGGGAUUAACCUUCCCUUGGAUGGAGAGCAACAGAAGAUAUACAAAAGACAGGUUUACAGUGGCGCUCUCACCCUUCAAUGUAACACGUCGUAUAGGUCACCCGUACCAGAACCGGACCCCGCCGAAGAAGAAAAAGCCUCGGACGUCCUUCACGCGACUGCAGAUUUGCGAGCUGGAGAAGCGCUUUCACCGGCAGAAGUACCUGGCGUCAGCUGAGAGGGCGGCCCUUGCAAAAGCACUUAAAAUGACUGAUGCUCAAGUCAAAACAUGGUUCCAGAACAGAAGGACAAAAUGGAGACGGCAGACAGCAGAGGAGCGCGAGGCCGAGAGACAGCAGGCCAAUCGGAUUCUUAUGCAGCUCCAGCAAGAAGCUUUUCAAAAGACACUGAACCAGCCGGUCACCCCGGACCCGAUCUGCCUGCACAACACCUCCCUAUUCGCUCUUCAGAAUCUUCAGCCUUGGACUGAAGACACCAGUAAAAUCAGCACGGUGUCUAACUGUGAAUAACGGAACUGAAAAACAAACGCCGAUCUGUGGCUUUGUAGCACAAAGAGAAAAAAAACAUGCGGCGGAGAAAAGGAUCAGACCAGCGAUUUCGUACAAGAUACACAGCGUAUCAAACUGUACCUUAAAACCUGAUGUGAGAAACAUUAGAAGACUUAUAUCGGGCUAUUAUGCAAACUACCAGUCACGAGGAUAACGAAUAACGAAACUGCCUGGUACAGCUAACAAUUAAAAUGAAUUUAUACAGCAUCUUCAUAUACCUAUAGUCGAAGCUACUCAAUCGUAAUGUGGAAGUGUGUUGUAGACAUCGCCUACUGACCGUUUCACGCACGCAUAUUUUAAUAUUUGCUAGUACUUAUAUUUAAGUCACGGAUGUGUAUAAUUUAGUAUUGCAACAAAAUAAAGGCACAUUUUAAAUAGACCUAAUGCAUAAAAUAUGGUUUUAAUCCACGUUUGUAUCCAUUCUAAGAAGUAGACUAUGCAUAAAUAUCAAUCUCUCUGUCCACGUCGAUUGCUUUUUGGUAAACACUAUUGCUGAUAGCCGGACCUAAAGUUUUAAAAUGACAUAGGUCUGUAAAAGGACAUUGAUGUCUUUCUUUUUUAUGUUUUAUAAUGUAUUCAGUUUUUGAUCUAUAUAAAAACGAAAUGUGAUCGAAAUUACGUCUACAAACAAUUUCUAUUAAUUUUAAAUGAUUCUAAAAAAUUUUUUUGCCGGAAGAUCUCUUUUAUAAACGGAACAUGUUGCAUACAUCAUUUGCCCAAAAUUAAUUUCAGCUCUGUUUUCACAAAAACGUGUGUUCAGCAUUUAUAAAACUGGACUCAUUUUACACAUUCAAAGGGUGGCAUUUGCGACCGAACUAUUAGCCAGUCUUUUUCACAUAGACCUUCACCAGUGGGGUGAACAGCGGUGUUUAAACCCAAAGGGGACCAGAGACUCUGCAUUUUUUAACUUGGAUAACAUUUAGACCUACUGUUGCAUUUUAUCAUCCACUUAAACUGCGGCCAUUACGUGUCUCCACUCUAAAUAUCUUUUGGUAACAGCAAUGGACAAGCCUGAUUCACGGAUGCUUAACAGGAUUACCUGAACGAAACAUGUUGUUGUGAGAACAGAAGCAAACAGUGAAAAGAUUGCAAGGAAUCAGGACAUUCUUUGCUUUUUUUCCUUCCAGGCAAAACUGUUACCUUUCCCUGAAUUUAUACUGAUAAACAGUUCAGUAUAUAGGCUCCACCGGUCAUUGAUUUGGUUUUUAUUUAUAACAUGUUUAAAAGUAAAAUCAGAGAAUAACUUCAAAUCUAUGAAGGGAAACUGUUACAUUUCAUUCAUUUAUUGAAUACUUUUAUCGUUGCUUAUUAACUUACGUAGACGUCCUCAGAUUUGAACCCACAUCUUCUUUGUUAUCAGGGCAGCGGAAAUUUUUUUGAGCCAUUUGUACAAGUAGCAUUAGCCUUUUCGCUGCCUGAUCAUAUAUUUGCGAUAAAGGCAACAAUAGUUUUUAAACACUCAUUUACAAAUUCCUGCUUGAAAGUAAUUGGAAAUGUCAUCUAUGUCAUAAAAAAGUAAUAAUGUACAUGUUAAGGCCAUAAACCAAUGAACAUGACAGUGUUGUUUGAUAGGCUAUGGUUUAUCUAUUCUCUUUAUUAACUACGUCUAGGGAGGGAGACUGUUGUAUAAUGAAAAUGUUUGGAGAUGUAAAGUUAAGAAUAUUGUGGAUUACCCACAUUGAAUGGUAUAACUGAGAGAGAUAUAUAAUAAGUCAAUUACACAACAGUUUAGUUAUUAAAACGUGCACAAAAAUCCAUAUUGCAUUCACAUAUUCGCCUGUGAGUGCAUGUACUGUGAACCAUUUUCAUUAAGCGGCAAGGCACGUAUUUGUCUGUGGGUUUCUACAAGAUUAUUUAAUGUUUAUGUGAUACAAAUAUGUAACGUUUCAGGCCACCCUGUCCAGUAUCUAUUAUCUUUUAGUUUACACAUCCUGCAUAGUCUGAAAACAUCUCUUGUUUAAAAUUGCAUCAUAUAAGCUGAAAACUGACAUAAUUUCAUAUCUGUUAAUAAUUUCAUUUUAAAGACUGAAGGACAGUAACUGCAGGCCUGUGUUUUGCACCAGGACUCACACUGUUUACUGAAGGAGAUGAUAGGAAAUAUGCCGAACCUUAAAGAGAACCUGCUAUAAAAUCAGCUGUUUUAUAAGAUGCUCAGCACCUCUUCUGUUGUUUCUGUAAUUAAACCUUAACGUUUCAUCCGCAACAGCCCCCCCCCCCCC